AUGCAGUCCGGCGAAUCCAUCUACAACCUGAUACCGCAGCCGGUCGUGGCGCCUGAGAGGCCCCCCAUGCAUCGGUCCAAGUACCCCGGCGACGUGGACCCGGCGACGUUCGAGUUCGGCGACCGUGUCAGGAAGGGCACGGGAACCUUCGGCAGGAGUCCGGGCACGAUCAAGCCCAAGACGGACGCGUUCCUCAAGAGGACCUCCGUGGACAAGCUCCCCUCACCCGCCUCGACGAUGACCAGGACGAAGGUCAAGAAGCUGCCCCCUGUGCCCAAGCGGGACGAGGCGCCGGCGAUGGGCCUGGUGAGCGAUAAGAACUUCGUGAAGACGAACGCGCUAGAGGCCAUGCUCGCGAAGCCCCCGAAGAAGGAGGCCCCGUUGCUGGCGACGCAGAAGAAGGACUACGGCAAGGUUCCCAAGUACCUGCACACCAUCAAGUCCCAGAUCGCCGCGGAGAAGGAGAUGAUUGCGGAGUUCCAGCGGCAGCAGGAGGAGGCGGCGACGCAGUCGAUCAGGCCCAUGUCCGAGGAUGAGCGCGACGAGCUUCUGUACGAUAUGAAGGUGAAGUGGGGCAAGCUCAACGAGGCGUACGGCAAGCUGAGCUUCACCCUGGACGUGCCCUCGCACAUGCGCCGAAAGGAGGAGCUCGAGGCGGAGAUGACGCAGCUGGAGAAGGACAUCAAGACCCUGCAGGGGCGCCAGGUGGUGGUGGUGGACGAGCGCCGCGUGUGA